CCCUUCCCAGUUGACCGAGGAGCCAGAGACCCAACGCCCAGCGCGGCCGGCCCCGACGAGUCGCCGCCGCGGCCAGCUAGCCGAGGAAGAGGAGCAAGACAGACCCCGGGGUGGGGAAGCCGUGGAAGGGAACGCGGAAUUAUUCUCUAAUAGACUUUUAUUGAGAGAGUCAUCUUUACAAUGGCUUCAGCUGUGAUCAGUUCUGUUCCCACUACUGCUUCUCGUUUCGCCCUCUUGCAAGUAGAUAGCGGCAGUGGUUCUGAUUCUGAGCCUGGGAAGGGCAGAGGUCGGAACACUGGAAAGUCUCAAACAUUGGGAAGCAAACCAACCACAAAUGAAAAGAAGAAAGAAAAAAGAAGAAAAAAGAAGGAACAGCAGCAGAGUGAAGCAAAUGAGCUUAGGAAUAUUGCUUUUAAGAAGAUUCCCCAGAAAUCCUCCCAGGUGGUUUGUAGCUCUCAACAUGAGGUUUCGUUGCCAAGCCCAGUACAGAAAGAUUUACAAGAAGAAAAUUGGCAAGAGUGGAGACAAAGAGAUGAACAGUUGACAUCUGAAAUGUUUGAAGCUGAUCUUGAAAAGGCUUUGUUGCUAAGCAAACUAGAAUAUGAAGAACACAAAAAGGAAUAUGAAAAUGUUGAAAAUGCUUCACCUCAAUCAAAAGGUAUGAAUAAAAAAGAAAAAAGAAAGAAUCACCAGGGGAAAGACAAACCACUCACAGUGUCGCUGAAAGACUUUCAGUCGGAAGCAAAUAUAGAUCAUCUUAGUAAAAAAACUGAGGAAUUGAGUUCUUCCCAGACUUUAUCACAUGAUGGAGGAUUCUUCAAUAGACUGGAAGAUGAUGUUCAUAAAAUUCUUAUUAGAGAAAAGAGAAGAGAACAGCUCACAGAAUAUAACGGAACAGAUAAUUGUACAGCCCAUGAACACAGCCAGGCAUGUAAAGAGGUAUACUUGAAAGAUGGAAGAACUGAAAGACUAAAGUUGGAACUUGAAAGGAAAGAUGCUGAAAUUCAGAAAUUGAAAAGUAACAUCACUCAGUGGGAGGCAAAAUAUAAAGAAGUAAAAGCAAGAAAUGCUCAGUUAUUGAAAAUGCUACAAGAAGGUGAAAUGAAAGAUAAAGCAGAAAUACUUCUUCAAGUUGAUGAAUCACAAAGUAUUAAAAAUGAGCUAACCUUACAGGUGACUUCACUUCAUGCUGCAUUAGAGCAAGAAAGAUCAAAAGUGAAGGCAUUACAAGCAGAAUUAACAAAAUACCAGGCUACAGCCCUAGCUUUGAAGUUUGCCAGCCCAGGGAGAAGGGAGGCCUUGGGAACAGGCCCUUGAUCCAGGCCUCUGCCUAUAGAAAAACUGUUGCCAGUUGAGAAGCAAGGGUGGCAGAAAAGGGAAAAGAAACUCCGAGUCUGACCAGUGUAGGUGAUCCCAUUAGCCAUUGACAUCAACACACACACACACACACACACACACACACACACACACACACACAUGCACGCACAAACUUUUCAGGGUUUUGAAAGAAAUGUAUAUAUUUAAUGCUGUACAACUGCUGAACUAUGCAGUUUUUGUUGGGGAAGAAAACUAAAAUGACUAAUUGAUUAACCAUCUAAAACUAUUUCAUUUUUCUGUUGUUUAAAGUGAAAAGUAGGAAAGUAGAAUUCCAGAAAAACUCAGUGAAUCAUUACUGUUUGCUGUCCAUGCUCAUCACUUUAGUUUUUCAUCAGUCAAUAAAAUUUACUCUUCCA